AUGGAUAUCAGAGAUCACCAGUACUGGGGAGGGUUACAGUAUAUAAUGGAUUAGUCAGAGAUACACCAGUCCUGGAGGGUUCAGUAAUAAUGGAUACGUGAGAUAUACCCAGUCCUGGAGGGUCAGAUAUACUGGUAUAGUCCAGAGAUACUACCCAGUCCUGGAGGGUUACAGUACCCUAAUGGAUAGUGAGAGAUACACCAGUCCUGUGAGGGUUACAGCUAUAUAAUGGCGAUAUCCGCGAUGAGAUAACACCAGUCCUGGAGGGUUACAGUAUAUAA